AAGCAGCUGAAAUGAGCUUCCUCCGUCGGGUGGCUGGACUCACCGUAAGAGAUAGGGUGAGGAGCUCGGUCAUCCAGGAGGAGUUCAGAUUAGAGCCGCUGCUCCUUCACAUGGAGAGGAGCCAGUUGAGGUGGCUCCGCCUUCUAGUCCGGAUACCUCCUGGACGCCUCCCAGGUGAGGUCUUCCAGGCAUGCCCAGUGGGGAGAAGGCCCCGGGACAGACCUAGAAUACUGGAGGGAUUAUGUCUCACAACUGGCCUCCUCCCGGUGGAACUGGAAGAGGUGGCUGGAGACCUGGCGGAGUCUGGACUUCCCUACUGAGACUGCUGACCCCGCGACCCGGGCCCAGAUAAGAUAAAAUAAUAAUGCUCAAGCCAAGCAGAGGGCGGGCCGAGCCGGAAGAACCGGUCCAGGGAAGUGCUACCGCCUCUACACGGAGCGGGCCUACAGGGAUGAGAUGUUGACCACCAACGUGCCCGAGAUCCAGAGGACCAACCUGGCCAGCACGGUGCUGUCACUGAAGGCCAUGGGCAUCAACGACCUCCUCUCCUUUGACUUCAUGGAUGCUCCUCCCAUGGAGACCUUGAUCACAGCCAUGGAGCAGCUCUACACUCUUGGAGCAUUGGAUGACGAGGGCCUGCUCACACGCCUGGGCAGAAGGAUGGCAGAGUUCCCUCUGGAGCCCAUGCUGUGCAAGAUGUUAAUCAUGUCUGUGCAUUUGGGCUGCAGUGAGGAGAUGCUCACCAUCGUGUCCAUGCUGUCUGUGCAGAACGUCUUCUACAGGCCAAAGGACAAGCAGAUCCAAGCUGACCAGAGGAAGGCCAAGUUCUUCCAACCCGAAGGCGACCAUCUCACCCUGCUGGCCGUCUAUAACUCCUGGAAGAAUAACAAGUUCUCCAACCCCUGGUGCUUUGAAAACUUUAUCCAGGCUCGCUCGCUGAAGAGAGCGCAGGACAUCCGUAAGCAGAUGAUGAGCAUCAUGGACAGGCACAAGUUGGACGUGAUGUCCUGUGGCAAGUCAACCAUGCGUGUCCAGAAAGCCAUCUGCAGCGGGUUCUUCAGGAACGCCGCCAGAAGGCACCCCCAAGACGGCUACCGUACCCUCAUCGACCAGCAGGUGGUCUACCUCCACCCCUCCAGCACGCUCUUCAACCGCCAGCCCGAAUGGCUGGUCUACCACGAGCUGGUGCUGACCACCAAGGAGUACAUGCGCGAGGUGACCACCAUCGACCCGCGUUGGCUAGUGGAGUACGCGCCCGCCUUCUACCGGGUGGCCGACCCCACUCGCCUCAGUCGGCAGAAGCGGCAGCAGAAGCUGGAGCCGCUCUACAACCGCUACGAGGAACCCAACGCCUGGAGGAUCUCCAGAGCUUUCAGGCGCCGCUGAUGCUAGAGACGGCGCCACACACCACGUACCUCCUCGGGCUCGAUGAGCUUGAACUCCAUGCCGCGGCCGGUCCAGGCGAUGAAAUGCGCGUUACCCGGGUCGUCCAGCAGCGCCACCAGGAACUGCCACAGCUGCAACGAACCGCGCCGCUGGUAAGGCGUGCCCUCGCGGAACACGCCACCGCCACCGCCUUCCUGCUUCACCUCACCUGGGAAAGAGCGAGGAUGAUGGUGAUCAUAAGAUAACUGAACAAAGUCAACGGAGAGCUGCUCUUUUUCUUUGUUUUCUUUCUUUCACCGUAAGUCUGUACUAAUUUAUAAACAGAUGAGAAUAAAGGUAAAAUGACUUUUUCUUUUCUUUGUUUUCUUUCUACCACAACAGAUAUGUUUAAAGU